AGACGACUGUGCAACUGGAAUGCCAAUGUGCAGUGUGUUAUAGGGUAGUACUGAUUUGUUGACAUUGCGUAAUUACCGGCGUGUGCUAUGUGUGGAUUGUACUAGCUGCACAGUAGUAUCUCUUAAGUCUUCAAGGACAAGGUAAUUGACAGAUGAUACUGUAUUUACACAAGAUCGCAUUUGUAGGACACGGGAGAAACAUGCUGCGUUUCAUAGUACCAAACGUCAAUAAGCUAGUUUUCCAGCAGUACGGAUGUACUGCAGCGUUUUCAUCUGCUGCUUCAUCCAAGACCAUUGCUGUGGUCUUGUCUGGUUGUGGUGUCUAUGAUGGCUCAGAAAUCCAUGAAGCAACUGCUGUACUGGCCCAUAUUACAAGGAAAGGGGCUGAACCUAUCGUGUAUGCUCCUGAUGUAAAGCAGAUGCAUGUCAUUGACCAUCAGAAGGGGUCUCCAGUUGAUGGAGAGAACAGGAGUGUUCUGAGUGAAUCGGCCAGAAUUGCCCGUGGCCCUGUUAAGCCAUUGUCAGAACUUACUGUAGAUUCUGCAUCAGCUGUAGUCUUCCCUGGUGGAUUUGGUGCAGCAAAGAACUUAUGUGACUUUGCUGUGAAAGGAGCAGACUGCAGUGUAAAUCCAGAUGUGGCAAGAGUACUUCAGGAUUUCCACAAGGCAAAGAAGCCAAUUGCUUUGUGCUGCAUAGCUCCUGUCCUUGCUGCAAAAGUUCUGAAAGGUGUUACAGUAACAUUAGGAAAACAAGAUGACGGCAAGGGCAGCUGGCCACAUGCUGGAGCAAUUGAUGCUGCAAAGGCAAUGGGUGCCAAUAUUGAAUUUAAGAAUGUUACUGAUGCCUGUGUUGAUGAGAAGAAUUUGAUAGUAACAACGCCUGCUUUUAUGUACAAUGGAAAAUUCCAUGAAAUACAUGAUGGAAUUGGUGUCAUGAUUCAAAAGUUACUAUCAUUAAUUAAGAAGUGAAUGGUAUCCUCAAAUUUAAAAAAUUGAAUGUAAUGUUACGUAAUAAUUUUGCUCAUGAAAUUAUGGUGGUGAUAUGUGUAGUGUCAAGACUGUUUUUGUAUUUUGUACUGAGAGGUGUAAGAGGUAUGGCACUGAUUCUUUUGUAAUCCACUAAUAAGUCCUGCAACACCUUGGUGCUCGUUCCAAUAAACAAUCUAAUGAGAAAAACAACUGAUUCUCAAUCUUCUGUGUUUAUUAGUUUGUGUUAGUUAAAGAUUUUGCUUUUAAAAUUGAAAAUAAAAUGUCUUCCUCAACCAAAAGUGUUAUUCCUUAACAAUCCUCAAGGUUUAUGAAACUACAAUUUGUAUACAACAUGGCCUCAGGAAUUAGAGUAAUCUGUAAAUUUCUGGAGAGAUGUGGUAAAAUUAUUUGGAAUUAUAUGGACUUAAUAAGGGGGUUUUGAUAGAAUCGGCUUGUAUGAUUUAAUGUGCAGUGUGACUGCAAGAAAGACAGAAAGCAGAGUCAGUCCGAUAUUGAAUUUGUAUACCAACGAAAAAAGUUUCAAAUUCAUGUAGACAUCCUGUGGCCUGGUUACUAACACACAGGAAACAUUUUGAAAUUGUAUGUGGGGUCAUUACUAAGUUGUUAAUGUAUGCCAGAGUUUUGAAAGGGGGACAAUUACCUCAUGAGCAGUUGGUGUUUUGUAUUUCUAUCAUGUAAGCUCCAGUUCCUGGAUCUCCUGUUAUUUCUCCUGUAGAGAAAAUGGAGACAGAAGCAUUCUUGUUUCUCUUGUUAGUUGUUUAUUGUAAUGUUAUCUUCACUGGUUAAGCACCAUAAACAAUAGCACAUGAGUAUUUCUGAAUGCAGUGGGCCAAAAUUAACUGGAUUCCAUAUCUUCCCUGGCAAUGACAAGCCCACUGCGUACAAUUCUGUUCAAUGCAUAUGAAAAUGGUUGUACAUAGUAGAUUAAUCUAGAGCCUGAAGAUGAUACCAUGUGGUGUUGAAACUGGUAGCAUGUAUUAAAAAGAAUAAAUGCUGGUAGACUCAAAUAAAUUCGCUGGUUUUGUUAUCUGUAUUCAAGUACCAUGUGUCUGGCUGCAGUCCCACUUUUCUUUAUAGAUUCCAGAUGAUCUAGUGGCGGUUGUAGCAGUUCAAAGAAAACCGUAGGUUUGGCAACUCCACUGCCCAACUAUCUUGGUGAGUGUUCAUGAGCUCUGUGACUACUCUGGUGGGGGAGCUGUCUUGUUGUGAGAGGGUUUAACAGCUGGAGACCAGCAAGUAUAAAUCUCUGUGCAUUCAUUUACAGCAAAUGCUGCGACCUAAAGUGGCAUCCAAUCUUGGCUUGACGAGCAUAUACUGGUUCAGUUCCUGGCUGUGUACUUACCUCCCCACUUCACAAGUGGACUAUGCUCUGGCACCAAGGGCUCAAGGUGAACAGUAGGAAGGAGGGAAUGCAUAAGAUGGUGCCAGAGAUGUGAAUUAUGUGAAACAUGUAUAUUUGAAAUGCAGAUACAAAAUGCAAAAUACCUGUCUCUAUUUUGCAAAAAGCAUUUUCUAUUUUAUUUAAAAUGCUUAAACUAUAGAUAUUUUGUAUUUGUAAAAUAUAAAAUGCUACUCUUAAUGAUUUUUUUUAAAUUUCAUGUUUCCCAUUUAAUGAGUCAUUUGUUUGAACAAAAAUAGUUCCACAGCAAAUACAGAUGGUGUAUUAUGCACCUGCCUGUUGAAUGAGACCAUGACUGUAACUGUUAGAAAUAGCAGUAAGACUUGAGUUCACAGUAUACAUUUAUCAUUAUUGUUUGUUUAAUUUAAAACAUACCUAAAUCAUCUGACAAUGACUAGUGGUCUCAAAAUAAAGUGAAGGAAGGAAGGAAGGAGGGAGUGGGAUCACUAUUGCAUAUUUGUGAGAUCAUGAGUUUACUCAAGAGCAACACAAAUUUCAUUAAAUGUGACAGUGACAACUAUACCUUUGUAAACAGUGUCUAUAUCUAUGUACUUGUAAAGUUGCUUUUUCUGUUCUUCGGUAAGAUUGUUAUUGAUAGUUUUUAUUGGCCAUUGAUCAUUUUGCUGCUUUUGUUGUACUAAAAAUGUCUAUCCAACACUACAUUGUAAGCACAGACGAUGAUUUGACUGUGGAGAUAGUUUGUUUCCUAAGUGAUUUUGUUCAGUUUUCUUUAUUUGUUGGAUCUAAAUAAAUGAAAUAUAAUUAAAACAUUA